AUGGGUUCCAUGGCAAUGCCUGCAUAUGCUCUUCCCAAGUCUCACCAGGACCUCAUGGAGAAGUCCUUGGUGGAGACCGACUCCGAGGUGGCAGAGAUAAUGAAAAGGGAAAUUCAACGCCAGCGCGAGUCGAUCGUCCUUAUCGCCUCUGAGAACUUUACCUCCCGUGCUGUGUUCGACGCCCUUGGCUCUCCUAUGUCCAACAAGUAUUCAGAAGGCUACCCUGGCGCCCGAUACUAUGGAGGCAAUCAGCACAUUGACACCAUUGAGUUGACAUGUCAAGCUCGUGCGCUCAAAGCAUUUAGCCUGGAUUCGGAGCAGUGGGGUGUCAAUGUGCAGAUCUCUGCUGUCUCAACCUACUUCGAAACAUUCCCCUAUCGCGUCAACCUUGAGACGGGCAUAAUCGAUUAUGAUCAGCUUGAACAAAAUGCUUUGAUGUACCGCCCCAAAUGCUUAGUUGCCGGCACCUCCGCCUAUUGUCGCCUGAUCGACUAUGCUCGCAUGCGUAAGAUCGCUGACCUGGUUGGCGCAUAUCUGAUCGUGGACAUGGCUCACAUCUCUGGUCUCAUCGCUGCUGGUGUCAUUCCAUCUCCAUUCGAGCAUGCCGAUGUGGUCACAACAACCACGCAUAAGAGCUUGCGUGGUCCUCGAGGUGCCAUGAUCUUUUUUAGAAAGGGUGUGCGGUCGACAGACGCGAAGACCGGAAAGCAGCUCAUGUAUGAUCUUGAAGGUCCCAUCAACUUCUCUGUCUUUCCCGGCCACCAAGGCGGCCCUCAUAACCACACCAUCACAGCUCUUGCCGUUGCCUUGAAACAAGCCACCACACCAGAAUUCAAGCAAUACCAGCAACAAGUCAUCGACAAUGCCAAAGCUCUUGAGCAUGAGCUGAAAAGGCUUGGUCACAAGCUCGUCGCCGACGGAACAGAUAGCCACAUGGUUCUUCUUGACCUUCGCAACAAGUCUCUCGAUGGCGCACGCGUAGAAGCAGUUCUUGAACAGGUCAAUAUUGCCUGCAACAAGAACAGCAUUCCAGGCGACAAGUCCGCUUUAACACCUUGCGGAAUUCGAAUUGGUGCACCGGCCAUGACGACCCGCGGUUUCGGAGUGAAGGACUUCGAGAGGGUGGCAUAUUAUAUCGAUCAAUGUAUCAGCCUGUGCAAGCAGGUUCAGGGUUCGUUGCCAAAGGAGGCGAACAAGCUGAAGGAUUUCAAAGCGAAGGUCGCCGAUGACAGUGUGCCGGAGAUCUUAAGCUUGAGAAAGGAGAUUGCCGAGUGGGCUGGCUCCUUCCCAUUGCCCGUUUAG